GGACGUUUAAAAAGCCAGUUUAAUGGCUGUGGCAAGAAUAGCAGAUGAAUAUCGCAUGCAACGCAAUUCCGCGCACUGGGGCGACUGACGCAGCAGUCAAAGACUGGUUUAGUUGGCCACUAGGGUAAGGUUAUGCACUUUCGGUACUUUAGGUACAAACAGAAUAAGUGUAGAAGUGGCUCUCUCCCUUCCCUACCUUCUGUAGACGUUGUUAGCCUACUAGACUGGCCAGUACUGGCUUCCAUAAAUUCCACAUUGUGUGUUAACGGGCUACGCCAUUCUAUUAUCUUCAAGCGAGACAAAUUCACGAGUGCCCCAAGUGCGCGUCCCUUUUCUCAAAGCCCAGCGCGCCGCCGUGCAGCGCUCUCUACAAGGCAUGGAAACUGCUUCUGCAUGCUCCCACAGUCACGUUCCAGCUUCGCAUCGGUUCCCGAAGUCGGGACUCUGGUCCUGGUCAGUCGUGACACUUGUGGUCGCGUCUAUUCUCGCGACACAGGCGUCUGCGACCAUCGGAGUGCUCCAACAAGUGGAAUACGCUACUAACGUCGCGCGCGCCGUCAAAAUGGCGUCAGAGGCACUCGGCGGGGCAGGUGGCGACGGAGUGUUCAUAAAGACAAUGCAUGGCCGAGGCUGUCUUGAUUCCGGCUGCUGUACCAUAGACUGGUCGCAACGGCUCCGAGUCAACGCCAACUGUCCCACAUGGGGCUGGCUCAAGUGGAAUUCCGACGGCCCUCUGAUCGUGAGCCACCGUCCGCUGUUCAGAGGCUGCCUGGAGUGCGAAAACGCUGAGCCGGGAUGCGUGGCCCACGUGUCCCGCUGCAGCGGUCGCCUCGACCAGCAGUGGCGGCUCAAGUUCGCCUCUAACUGGACCACGGCGUUCGGCGAGCCAGUGUUCUCCAUCGCGAGCUUCGACUCUCCUGAUCGCUGCCUCACGCUCGUCAACGGCGGCGGCGACGGCGACUUCUACGCACUGCAAGAGUGCGCCACGCCUCGGCCUUCAGAAUGGCAAAGCUUUUACGUGGUGCGGAACCCUCUCGAGCGCUGACAAUCACACUCACAAGCUCGUGACACGCACUAUUAUAGUGCUGUCUGCGAAUAAAGUCAUCACAUUAUCGCCCCUUUUGCCAAAUACGAUCGAAUGCGCUCGGGCAGCCAAAAUAAGGAUUUUCAUUCUAAAUCGUCACCACGUUCGCGCGUUCACGCGUCGCCGUGGUAUAUUUACUGUCCACAGUCGUGCCUUUGUACAGCCUGCCUCGGCACCACACUUUUUCCGGCACUAUAAAUGCUGUUUGUAUUGGCUAGAGUUAUAAAAUUAUUUGCUGCGGAGAGUUUCUACCAGCGUCCUCCAAUGCUCAUUAAGCCAUAGAGGAGCACAAGUGAUAAAGAUUCUAUCGCCCAGACUGGACAAAUGAUUUCAUUGCGCAAUAUGUGUGCUUUCGACUUCGUGCAUUAAUGUACAAGACGUAAUGGCAGGAACUGAGGUAGCCACACAUAAGUAAGGACAGAAUGGGUGCUACUUUCAUUAAGGCUAGUAUAUACCUGCAAAUAUGAUCGCAGAAAUACAUGUACGUAACGGUCCACUGUAAAAGGGGCGCGUAAACAUUAAUAACCACAAUACAGCUGCAACAUUUCUUCAGCUUUAUUAC